AUGUCUCUGUUGAGCCCGGAACCGGAGACAGUGCCGUUUGAGAUUAGGCCCCCUCUGGUGUGCCCUUCGAGAAUUCCCAUUGUGGGGCACUGCUCAGUUGCUCCCAUCUGUCUGGCUUGUUCAGUCUCCCAUCUGUUCUCACCGGACACAGGAAGCACACCUCUAGGGUGGUACGCGGGUCCCGGUUCGCGCCAGCGCCCACCGCGCCUCGUUGCCACGCCUCAGAAAAUUGAGGAAAUCAAGGACUUCCUUCUCACAGCCCGACGAAAGGAUGCCAAAUCUGUCAAGAUCAAGAAAAAUAAGGACAACGUGAAGUUUAAAGUUCGAUGCAGCAGAUACCUUUACACUCUGGUCAUCACUGACAAAGAGAAGGCAGAGAAACUGAAGCAGUCCCUGCCCCCUGGUUUGGCAGUGAAGGAACUGAAAUGAACCAGACACACUGAUUGGAACUGUAUUAAAAUAAUAAAAAUCCUAAAAAAAAAAAAAAAAAAAAAAA